GGUGACGUCAAGUGGAUGAGGAAGCUGUGUCGGAGGAGCCAUCCUUCAUCACGACCUCCAAUAGCUCAUCCAACCUCUCGGUCGGUCCCUUUCUCGCAUCUCUUCCCACGUUUCCCCCCGCGCCUUUGUCUCCAUGCAGAAACCUCCGUCCCUCUCACCGCCACUGCACAAGCCUCCUCCUAUACUACCUGCGCUCCUCGCUCUUGCUCGAUCCCUAGCUUCUCCACUGCCUCCGAUCCUCCCCCUCCCCGUCCUUCUGUAAAGAAAGUUCAGGGUCCGAUAUUCGCUUUCGUUUCGCAGAGAGUGGUGUGGGGGCUCCGGCCGGCGGCGAAGCCACCAUGGGGGAGAUCACCAACGUCAUGGAGUACCAGGCCAUCGCGGAGCAGAAGCUUCCCAAGAUGGCCUACGACUACUACGCCUCCGGCGCCGAGGACGAGUGGACGCUCAAGGAGAACCGGGAGGCCUUCUCCAGGAUCCUGGGAGUAUGCAACUGCACGGGCAGCAUCAGCAGCAGGGACUAUCAUGGCACUGUCGUCAUGGGCUACUUCAAGCGUCGAGGAGGUCGCCUCGACCGGGCCAGGAAUCCGUUUCUUCCAGCUAUAUGUGUACAAGGACAGGAAGGUGGUGGAGCAGCUGGUGAGAAGGGCCGAGAGGGCCGGGUUCAAGGCGAUCGCGCUCACCGUGGACACCCCACGCCUCGGCCGCCGCGAAGCCGACAUCAAGAACAGGUUCGUUCUGCCGCCACACCUGACGCUGAAGAACUUUGAGGGCCUGGACCUCGGCAAGAUGGACCAGGCCAACGAUUCCGGGCUCGCGUCGUACGUUGCUGGGCAAAUUGACCGCACCCUGAGCUGGAAGGAUGUCAAGUGGCUGCAGAGCAUCACCUCGCUGCCGAUCCUGGUGAAGGGAGUCGUCACGACAGAGGACGCGAGGCUGGCCGUCCACUCCGGCGCGGCGGGCAUCAUCGUGUCGAACCACGGCGCGCGCCAGCUGGACUACGUGCCGGCCACCAUCAGCGCCCUCGAGGAGGUCGUGACGGCGGCCCAGGGGCGCAUCCCGGUGUACCUCGACGGCGGCGUCCGCCGCGGCACCGACGUCUUCAAGGCGCUCGCCCUCGGCGCCUCCGGCAUCUUCGUCGGGAGGCCGGUGGUGUUCGCGCUGGCGGCGGAGGGCGAGGCGGGCGUCCGGAACGUGCUGCGGAUGCUGCGGGAGGAGUUCGAGCUGACCAUGGCCCUCAGCGGCUGCACGACGCUGGCCGACAUCAACCGCAGCCACAUCCUGACCGAGGGCGACCGCCUCCGCCCCACGCCCAGGUUGUGAGCAGAGAGCGCCGCCGCCCCCACCUCCUCACCUCGCCUAUCAAUCACGCAAUCGAUCAACGAUGGUGCCCCGACGGCCGGGCAGCUCGAUCGCCGCGCACCCAAUAAUCCCCUACCUCCAUGGUAAAAUAAGAAGGUUAAAGAACUAGGUAAUUCCCCGUUGCUGCGGAAUUUUUUUAAGAUGCUUUUUUAUACAUACAUGAUGUAAAUAAAAAGUAACAUAGUACCAUUAUAUAAUAUAGUGGUGUAUAGAUCAUAUACAAUCAUUCAGAAUGCACCUUGUUUUAGGAUGCGACAAUAAUGGAUGGCGGGGACCAAACAUCUUGAGAUGAUGACGAAUGAGAUUACAGAAACCUGCAAGUUGUGACAAUAAAUAUGUUUUAGUUUGUGAUGUA